AUGCAGCAUUGCCAGAAGCAUAGUUAUCAAGAUGGACAAAAUUGCUUCUGCGGAUUCAUUGAGGAUCAAACUGAUACUCAGUUUCCAUUUGAAUAUAACACUUGCUCUAAUGACUGUCCUGGGGAUGCACCCGAAACUCAGAUUUUGUUGACCUUGAACUACUCUACAAUAAGUCAUUGCAAAAAUUUGACUCGUAUGGUAGGUGAUUGUGAUGGCGAGUGUAGACCGGGAUGGAAGGCAGCUAGCUGCUCUGUAAGAGAUUGCAGUAAUGCGUUUGGAGAUUGUGGGAGUGAACUGAGGUGUGAGAAUACAAUAGUUGGUUUGGGGACAUUCUCCGAUUGUGUCUGCGGCCCCGGCAAGUACAGGACCACCCUCUGGACAUGCGAAGAUCUAAAAAUUAGAAGAAACUUAUCAUAUCGGAAAAAAGUUUUAUCAUCUAGUCUGCACGAACACUAUUCAUACCCAUACAGCAGGGCGUCGUUAGUGAAUGGGGUGUUGUUGGGAGAGGUUAUGCUACAUUUAUCAAGAAAAGUUCCGCAAUGGAUUGCGAUAGACUUAGAAUCUAAAUAUGAAAUAGAAUACGUCAUUGCUUACAACAGAAAUUGUAGAUGGUAUUGUGAUAUUCAUAUUAGAAGACUGAAAGUUGGUGUGAACAAGACAUUGGAAGAAGCAACAGUGGAGAAGUUAGGCAAUUAUGAUUUUUGCGGUUUUCUGCCAGACCUUAGAAGUUAUCACGCAACGAAACCUUUGAGAAUUACAUGCACACCUAAGCCGCUGCUUGGCCGCUUUGUUAUCAUUCAACCUAGUACGGCAGAGCCUUUGGCGUUGAAUGAAGUCGAAGUUUAUGAAAAAAUCAAACGUCCGCCGGUUGAUUACAUUGGCUGUUUUGAGACCUUCAAUCCGACGGCUGUGAGUUUGCAUGCGAAGGAAGGAUGUCAAGACGAGUGUGAGAGACUUGAUCCUGAUAAAGUGGUAUUUGCUAUGAAGGAUGGAGAGUGUUAUUGCGGAGGGAAUGCUGAUGUGCUCCUUUCAACAAACGAAGCUGAAGACUGUGAAGGCAAUUUUGCUGUUUAUUCCGACAAAAAAAUUAUUGCCACCACAAUAAUUGGCUGCUUUAAAGAUGCAAAACUGGAAGAAAAAACUGAUUCUGGUGUAACAGUGCAAAGAGAUUUUGCUUAUAAGUCCUGCUUUUUGUAUUGUAAGAAUCAAUAUUCUAAAGAAUUUGCCAUCAAGGUGGACAAGUGCAUAUGUGGGGAUUUAAUCAUAGGAAGUGAGCAGGUGGCAAUGAGUGAAUGUAAUACAGUUUGCGGGGACGAAAUAAGCAAGUCGUGUGGAGCUGCCAACCGCUAUUCGUUGUACAACCUUUUCGACACUUAUGAUUUCCUUGAGAAACCUCGGAAUAGUUUUUGUAUGAACCUACCAACACCACCUGCUGAGUGCAGACCAGGGCAAUGCAACCCGGGGUGGCAAGGAGCUCGAUGCGAUAUAAAAAAAAUAGACUGCCACCAAAGGAGACAUGGAAGUAAUCCGAAAACAACGGAUGGAAGGAGUAAGACGGGAUCUAAGUACGACGUUCCUCAUGGUUUUAAAUUGAUGAAAAAUGGAAGGUUAAUAAGAACACACGUAAUGUACCUUGGAUGUUACUGGAGUGUUGUCGUUGAGAAGAGCACGCCUGUCCAAUCUUAUAUGCAGUGCAAGGAAUUCUGUUUGGCCGUGGAGAACAUUUUUAUGAUCGGCCUGCAGAGGGGUGAGGCAUGUCACUGCCUUAGUAGUGCAAAAUAUCCAGUCAGUUCAUCUCAUUGUGAUAUGAGUUGUUCCAAUUGUUACGAUGCGUGUGGUGGAUCCGAGUUCUUUUCUGUCUAUCAAAUUAGAGAAAGAUUGGAUUUCAGCGAAUCUCUGAUUAGCUUAAACGAGUUCGACGUUAACCCUAGCAGUCACUCACUCGUUUCUGUACCAGCGAUAACAAUUGACACGUGCAUGUCAAUAUGUUUUGAAAGGAAUUUUUCACAUGCUACAUUAAAGAACGAACCAGCCAAAGAACCGCUGUGUUAUUGCUCCAAACCAUCUGACACUGCUGCAAUUAAGUGUUUGUCAGAUCUUGAGAUGUUGUCCAAUUGUAAUGUUGAAUGUCCUGGAAACGAUCGUCAGAUGUGCUCAGGGACAAAUUGUCAACCCAGAAGAACAACCCUGAGGCACUUUGAAUUUCAAACGGCAUUCUCACAUCAAUCAAAAUGCAAAUCAAGCGUUGAAACGAAGUGCACGGAAUGUGAAACGGGUUGGACCAGCGAAUGUGACGAGAGAGCUCUGCCAAAAACAAUGAACCUAGCUUUCCGUCGGACGAUAUCAGCAGAACCAUUCAUUGCGGCAUACCCUUUUAUAAACGCAUCAGAUUUAAAACAGUUCGACUGGAAGUAUGCAGUAGAUGGAUAUAUGUUGGAUUGGGAAAUUGUACAUUUGCUCUUCUUGAAGGGUCCAGUUGAUUCUAUUGUUGGAUGGAUGGCUGUAGAUCUGGUUGAGGAAUAUCAGAUUGAAACUGUCAUUAUUUACCCUAGGAUAUGCGACCAUCAUUGCAAAAGCAAAAUCGUUGUGUAUCUCAACUCGUCAAAAUUGGAAUCAGUUGAAUGUGGAAAAUAUCCAGUGGCUGGAGGAAGUUGCCACGAAAAUGAUGCAAUCAACAUCAAUUGCGCCAAGUCGGAAAAAAAAUUUAGAUUUGUUAUCAUUAUGAAAGGUGUUGAAGAACAAGACAGUGUUUUUACUUUCAGUGAAGUCGAAGUCUACGGAGCUGGCUAUAAUUUAAAACCGUUCUCCUACGUUGGUUGUUUUGAAAAAUUCGACCGCUUCAAUUCGUCUCAGGAUGUUAAUCAUGGCAACGAUGAAAAUUGUCGCAAGUAUUGUGCAGGAUUCAAUGUGGAAAAUUUUAUCUUUGCAUUACAUAAAAGAAAAUUUUGUGUCUGCGGAAAAGAUGCAGACGUUCAGAUGGACAUGACAACUUGCGAAGAUCAUUACGAGGUCUUCUCAGACCAUUUGAACAAGCCAAGUUACUUGGGUUGUUUCAAUAAUGACGCCAUUGAAUCAAGAGCACAAUCAAAAGAGGAGGCAAACAUGGAUUCGCCAUUCAAAUCGUGCUUGUUAUACUGCAGUGUUUAUCAAUUUGAAGAAUUCGCUAUCAAGGUAGUCAACUUUGCUUCGACAAGGACAGGGCUUGCAACAAAUUUCUUUUUGUUUUUUUUAGGCGCGUUUAAGUUCUUGUGCCCCGAAAGCUGUAGCGUGCAGAGUGGCGCAACAUACACAUAUGUAUGUACUCUCAAGCAAGACACCAGACGUUCGAACCAGGAUGGUAAAUAUUGCGUGUGUGGUGACCGAUUGUUUGCUGGAAAUCAGCAAAUUGAUUCAAGUCUUUGUCAAAUGAAGUGCAAAAGUGAAAAUUGGAAAACAUGCGGAUCGGCCGACACAUUUUCAUUGUACAAAAGACAGAACAUGUUCAACUACAGAAACAAUCCUGUCAAUUAUCACUUCUGUAUGAAUGAAAAAGAAGUUGCAAGCGAUUGUGAGCCAGGCCAUUGUACAGCUGGAUGGACCGGAGAGCUUUGUGAUAAGAGAAAUUGCCCUGUUGAAAAUGGAGCAUGCGGUGUGAAUGCGAUUUGCACUCAAUAUAAUUGGGCCGGGUCGGAAAUACCGGAAUGCAAGUAUCCUGAAAACUAUGGCUUGAACAAAAAUGGCCUGCUUCAAGAGUUUGGCUUUGUGGCAAUAAGCAGAAGGGAGUACAUCGGCUGCUAUGCACUCGUUGUGCACUCCUCCGUCAAACCAGUUUACAGCGUCGUAGCAUGUGAGAAUUUCUGUGCAAAUGAGCAAGAUGCUUACCUCAUCGGGCUUGGCGUGAGUUUUUUUUUCAUAACAUGA